UCCCGCUCAUUUCCCAUCAUUCCAAUAGCGUCUUUUCCGAUUUCCGCUAUAUGUUUUGGCCAUUUUGUUUCGUGAGAUAGUGUGGAGUGGUUUAGUAUUUGAAUUACUUUAUUUUCGAGAAGUAAUUUGUUUCGUAUUGCUUACGGUGUGUUUGGAUAGCUAGCAUGUCGCGUUACAGGGAUUCCGGUUCUUCUGACUGCAAACUUUACGUUGGUGAUUUAGGUAAGAUAGUUUCAAAACAAGAACUUGAAGAAUCAUUUUCGUACUAUGGACCUCUGCGCAAUGUGUGGGUUGCUAGAAACCCACCAGGCUUUGCAUUUGUAGAGUAUGAGGAUCCACGUGAUGCAGAAGAUGCUGUGAGGGGCCUAGACGGAAGAACUAUCUGUGGGCGCCGAGUUCGGGUGGAGAUGUCAAAUGGCAUGGGAGGAAAGGGAAGUGGACGCUUUCGUGGACCACCACCACGGCGGGGAAGACCCUUCCAUCCAGAGGAUCGUUGCUAUGAGUGUGGCGAACGUGGGCAUUAUGCGCGAGAUUGUUAUCGUUACAGGGGUAGCCGCGGAGGCAGGCGCAGGUCAUACUCACGUUCACGUUCAAGGUCUCGCUCCCGCUCCAGGGACCGCCGCUCCAGGUCACGCAGUGGUUCACGCAGCCGUUCCCGCUCUCGCUCUCCCAGGGACCGAUCUCCAAAAGACAGGUCUUCUAGGGACAGGUCUAGGGAUGAUAGAUCACCAAAGGAUAGAUCACGAUCCAGGGACAGGAGUCCAAAGGACAGGUCUCGCUCCAGGGACCACGGACGCUCCCGCUCGCCCCAGAAUCGCUCUAAAAGCCAUUCCCGCUCCAGGUCUCGGUCAAGGAGCAGGGGUCGCGAUUCUACGGACAGGAAUGGCAACACCCAGAAUGACGCUCGUGACUAGCAAAACGGUUGCUUUAUUUUGUGAGUGCACUGCAACAUGUCAGUUACUGGCUCCUUUCUUUGUCACUUUCUCUUGAUGUUUCAGGUGUUAGGCUGUUGGUGUUUUUCUUAUGGUAUAAUAAACUAAAAGGACAAGAAUAUUUGUUUCACAUGCCAUUGUUAAUUGCUUAUUGAUGUUCAGCAGAUUGUAGUUUGUAUGUUCAUUCUGAACAUCAGCAUAGAAGCUAUUCAAAAAGCCAUAUUGUAGAAUAAGAUUUUCAUUCCUAGUGCACAUUUGUGUAGGAUGCACUGAGUAGUGUAUUAAUUACAUCUUGUUUUUUUUUUCUCCUUGUGUAGUCUUUUUCAGGAUAUUUGCAAAAGGAGCAGUUUUCAGUAAAAUUAUAAUCUGUCUGUAAAUUGCAGUGUUCAAGUUAGCUGUUCCAAUGUUCUGUUCAUAAAAUAAAAGAAUUUAAAACUG